GUUCUCGUUCUGGCGAACAUGCACGAAGAACAAGGUGUUCUCUCUCAACAGAAGCCGUUCUUCAGAUUCUUCUCCAGUCUCAUUAGCGACCUGCACUCCAUCGCAGAACAUCUAGACUCAGCUUCACGACCAUCGCCUAUACCCUUCCAUACCCAGCCCUCACAUCCUCCAGAGUUGUGUCACACAGAAUCUCACUACCAAACUAGUCCACCACAGCUGGCCGUAGUGCUUCCGCCUCAUUCCCGCCCCAUUGGACCUGGCCAUGCAUCACAUAUCAGCCCAUCUGUUCCUAUUGCACUUCCUCCUAUUGCGACGCUGUCACCUACAUCAAGCAUCCCUUCGCCAUCUGAUGACCAUAUGAUUCUCAACUCAAACCAUUCUUCUACUCCUCCAUUGCAAGGAAAGCUUUCUGAGGUCAUGAACCCAGCAGCAGGCUCAUCGAUGCGGACGAUGUCAUGGUAUAGAGUUUUAUGA